CACACACACACACUCUUCUGUCAGUCAAACCUGGGGAAAAGUGUUUUUUUUUCACACUCUUGUUCCAGUAAAUGUGUUUGUUCCACACAGCAGGACAGAUUUUCAAAACAUAAGUCUUAGUCAGCACAAACCUGGGCAGUUUAUAGAGGUAAUCGGACAAUAAUGACACGGUGGUAGCCGUGUGUAAGGUCUCAUUAAAGCGCUGCUCAAACACACACUUUGACUCUCACACACAUUGAUUUCGUCCCUCUCUGCUGAACGUUGCCUCACACAGCGUGCACUGCUGCUGUUGGUGUGACUGCAGCUCAAUAAUCCUGGAUCACAGCGCACAAAGAGAUCAUGAGUUCUGCUGGUGGUACUGUAUAAUCACCGUCUCUGUGAUCGUCUGUGUCUCCUGUCGGGCGUCCUGAGGAGCUGCACUUUCGCUGGGAGGACCUGCAUUUUUGUUGACUCCAAAACGGACAUGCUGUGUGUGUAAACGAGACGUGUGUUGGCAGCCUGUGUGUGUGCUGUGUGUUUCAGAGGCUCAUGACCUGGGACACAGUGGGAACCAGCUUCCUGUAGAGGAAUGCAGCUAAGCUGUAGCCACCGGCUGACCGACUGUGCGUGACCUGACCCGGGCUGAGGACACUGUUUUCACAUUUGUCCGUGGAGGUUGACUGUGCUGAGUGGACCAUCUGGGCGUGCAGGUCACUCAGGUCUCCAUGGACCUGCUGCAGGACUCCAGUCAGACCAUGAGGGCUGUGAACGUCCGACUGAAGAGCUUCCUGGAGCAGGUGAACAAGUUGCAGGAGGCGAACCACCAGCUGGAGGCUCAGAUCGCCAACUGGGGCGUCAAGAAUGCAUCCGAUUUUGAAGACUGGUCUGAACAGGAACAAACACUGAGGCAGCUCCGCACUCAGGUUGGUAAAUUACUGAUGGAGAAUGCUCAGCUGGCACUGCAGUCUGACAACAUGAAGUCCAGAGCUGCAGCCAUCCAGGCCAGGUGUGAGACCGAGGAGCACAACACUCGACGUCUGGAGCAGCAGGUGGCUCAGCUGAGGGAGACCAAGAGGAGGGUGGAUGAGAGCAGCGUGGUGCUGCGGGCCGACCUUCACUGCUCCAUGACGGAGCUGCAGGAGAUGCAGCAGAACUUUGAGGCAGCCCAGGCUGAGCAGCUGCAGCGGGCCGCCUCCUGCGAUGUCCUUUUAGCGUCAGCCUCAGCAGCGGCUUCAGCAGCAGAGGUAAGAGGAGGAGGCUGGGAAAAGGAGGAGGGGGAGGAAGAGGAGGAUGGCACAGGGAUGGAGCUCACCCAGCUCCUCGACAGAAUCAGAACCCAGUGUGACCAUAACAGACUUCCCAGCCCAGGGGAGAGACACCAUGACCUGCGGGCUGUCUCCGGUCUGCCUCAAGCUGUGCUCCGGCCUAGUCACCCAGGAGCUGCAGCAUCAUCAGCAUCAGCAUCCGCAGCAGCAGCAGCAGCAGCACACAGAGGAGCUCUCUGUGAGGAGGAGGCUGCAUGGGCUCAGAUGAGCCUCAGUGGCGCCGCCCUGCGAGAGGCGAGGGCCGAGCUGGUGGAGGCCAGACAACAGUGGCACUCCCUAGAGGUGGAGAUUGAAACGCUGCAUGCUUUGGAAAAGGGCCUGGAGAGCUCCCUUCAGCAGACCCAGAGGAUGUACUCCGACCAACUGCAGGACCUCUCCCAGGUGAUCCAGGGUCUGGAGAGCGAGCUGGAGCAAGUGAGGGGUGGACUGGCCACGCAGCGCCAGCGCCACAGUCAGCUGCUCAACACCAAGAUGAGACUGGAGAGAGAGAUCACCACCUACAGACGACUGCUGGAGCGGGAAGAGGGCAGGUACAUGAGUCAUGAUGGGCAUCUCCGACCCUGGAAGUUAUCUGUGGCAGAGCAGAAGGAGGUGAGUCUGGAGAACGGCUUCAGUGACCCCGCUGUGACCCCAGAUGAACCUAAGUCUGAGCCUCUGCCUGAAAUCCCUUCACUGCUGCCUGUAGAGACUGACCUGAAGAGGGGGAGACUGCGGAGGCAGCAGAGUCUGGUCAUCCUCACAGAGCCAGAGACCGAUAAAGACCUGCCGAUCUCCACGGUGAAGACUCAGGAGAUUCUUCAGGGCAACGUGGUGCAGGAGAGUGCAGAAGGUCAUGGCACCAUCGAAACCGAGAAGGUAGAUAAGGUGAUCAAGCAGUGGGAGGGUUCCUUCUUCAGAGGGAACCCUAAGCUGAGGAAGAAGUCCGUGUCGCUGCGCUUCGACCUGCACAUGGCUGCCGCCGACGAGGGCUGUGCCCAGACUAAACAGGACAGCCUCCCUGAUGUGGAGGUGCGUCUCAUCAUGAAGAGGUCUCGCAGCAUCCCGGCCAUCACGCCGUGAUCACUGUCGGUCAGAGUUAACCCUGUUUUUGCAGCGGUUUGUGUUGCAAUCAACAUCUGUGUCUCACUGAUCAUCUGGGACGACAACGUCAUCCUGCUUGACUUAAAAAAAAAAAAAAAUCACAGCUUUCUCUGCACGUUGCAUUUGAUGACCGAAACAGAGAUUUCUCUCAUCGUAGGGUCCUAUAUAUAUAUAUUAAAAAAAGUAUUUUCUUCUUAGAUCAUCACUCCGCCACCACAGCUCCCAUUUUAUAUUUUUACUCAUAGUUUCAUAGAAGAUAAAAAAAAAAUCAAACAAGUACAGAGAAUAAGUAAAUAAGUACAAGUACAGACUUGUAUCAUGUGCCAUAUGUUGAGCCAAUGACAGCUCUUGGUUUGAAUAAAGAAACUAUUUAUUUAGUGAAAUGAUCAGUA